AUGCCUCUCGCAAAAGCUCUCCUUCAUCCCUCUUGGGAGGAGGAGAAGAGGAAGCACAAGAAGAAGCGCCUGGUGCAGAGCCCCAGUUCCUACUCCAUGGACGUGAAAUGCCCAGGAUGCUAUAAAAUCACCACAGUCUUUAGCCAUGCACAGACGGUAGUUCUGUGUGUUGGCUGCUCCACUGUCCUGUGCCAGCCUACAGGAGGGAAAGCAAGGCUCACAGAAGGAUGUUCCUUCAGGAGGAAGCAGCACCACCAGUAUACCCUCAGUCAAGAAAUUAACCAGGAGCCAGAGAAUUUCUGGAACAUACAGAAGAAACUAUUACCAGUGGCGGCCUCCACGGGAAGCUACCUGACUCAGAGUGACCUGGUGGUAGACCUCUCAGUUAUCAGCCCACUGCUGGGAGAUGUCACAGAAUUUGUGCUCAAGUUCAUGGUGGCCUAG